GGCAGGGCCGCACGGUGCGAAGCGGCCGCUGGGGCCCGGCUCCGCCGUCUGAGCGUUCAGAGGGAGGGUCAGCCAACAUGUCUCGAGAGACUGGAAGUGAAGCACAGCAGUCUCAGAGCGCCCAGCAGCCUCAGAGUGGUACCAGUUCUUCCAGUGGCUCACAGAGCACCAGUCAGUCUUCCUUAAGUUCUGGGACUCUCAGUUCCUUGGACACGGUUCCCACUCAGGAGCUUCCCUCCAUCCCUGAGGACCAGGAGUCUGAAGAGCUGGUUCCUCAGCCUUGGGGCCGACUCUUUGCACUUGGAAAAGGUUUCAGCAACUGUGACUGUGUCAAUGAGGAGUACUGGUUUGGGAGGGACAAAAGCUGUGAUUACAGUUUUUCUAAGCUGGGAUUGUCUGAGACUGGCUUCUACCAAAACUAUAGCAAGAAGCACUUCCGAAUUUUCAGGGAAAUGGGUCCAAGAAAUUCCUAUGUUGCCUACAUUGAAGACCACAGUGCAAAUGGGACAUUUGUUAAUAGAGAGCUCAUUGGAAGAGGGAGGAGGCUUCCACUGACACACAACUCUGAAAUUGCAUUGUCUGUACAGACCAAUAAGGUGUUUGUAUUUUCUGAUCUUACGGUGGAUGAUCAGAUGAUGUUUCCUAAAGAAUUCAGAGAGAAAUACAUUAUGUCAAAGACUUUGGGAAGUGGUGCCUGUGGAGAAGUCAAACUGGCAUUUGAGAAGAGCACCUGUAACAAAGUUGCAGUGAAAAUCAUCAAUAAACGGAAGUUUGUGGCAAGUGGCCUGAGUGAAGAAAACCCAGGUUUAAAUAUCAAUACAGAAAUUGAAAUUUUGAAGAAAAUAGAUCAUCCUUGCUUAAUCAAGAUUAAAAACUUCUUUGAAGCAGACGAUUACUACAUUGUUUUGGAACUGAUGGAAGGAGGAGAAUUGUAUGACAGAGUGUCAAGGCCAAUCAAGAUGAAAGAAGAAAUCUGCAAGUUGUACUUUUAUCAGAUGCUGCUGGCAGUAAAGUAUCUUCAUGACAAUGGAAUUAUACACCGAGAUCUAAAGCCAGAAAAUGUGCUACUUUCAUCUACUGAAGAAACAUGUCUUGUAAAGAUUACAGAUUUUGGACAAUCCAAGAUUCUUGGAGAAGCUUCUCUUAUGAAAACAUUAUGUGGUACUCCCAUGUAUCUUGCUCCUGAGGUUCUAAAUUCACUUGGGACUGCUGGAUACAGCCGAGCUGUGGACUGCUGGAGUUUAGGAGUUAUUCUUUUUGUAUGCUUGUGUGGAUAUCCACCAUUCAAUGAGCAAAACACUCAGCUCUCUCUGAGGGAUCAAAUCACUCGUGGAAAAUACACAUUUAUUCCAAAAGAGUGGAAGCAUGUGUCAGACAUGGCUCUGGAUCUGGUGAAGAAGCUGCUAGUGGUGGAUCCAAGCAAACGUCUUACCACAGAGGAGGCCUUAGAGCAUCCUUGGCUGCAGGAUGAGGAUAUGAAAACUACAUUUGAACAGCUACUUGCUCAGACACGUACCAAUAUGAGCCCACCAGAAACAUCAAAAAUGCCAACCACAACAAGAAAGCGUCCCCAUGACAAUGAGGAAGACAAUGGCUCUGCUAAACGUGCUGUUCCUUCUACCUCCUAUCAGAAAAUGAGGUGAAAAGCAAGAGAAAAUGGCUUUGUUAAUGACAGCUUUUUUAUGGAGAGCGGAAUUUUUUAUUAAGAAAAAUCUUAAUAAUGGAAUAAACUGUUGAAGAUGUAUAAUUUUCAAAUAAAAGUAACUUUGUAAGACUGAA